AUGUGUUCGGGUCUUAUCUAUUGCGCAAUAACUUCUCUUAUAUUGCAAUGGCAAUAUACUCGCGAUUUACCAUUUCGAAAUGAUGUUUUAGUCAUUAUCUGUCGAUAUACUGGUAAUAUUUGCGUGAUUUUUCAAACUUUCUUUGGCUUGAAUCAACGUCUAAAUGAUAUUUUACUGAAAAAACUGCCGUUUGCACUGCGACAUCUAUUUUCUCAAACAUCUUCAAUCAAACUCGAUUCUGAUCUUCAACGAUAUUUUCGAACAGUGAUUAGUAACUAUGUCAAAGAACAAUACAGAGAAUCGGGUUAUCACGUACGAUCACUUUUUGAUACAUUUCAAGUAAUGCGUGAGAAACUUUCUCCAACAGAAAUGAUCGACAUCGACAACCGAUUACAAAAAGAAUUGUUGAAUUCACAAACUACUACUCCGACGAUUCAAUCAAUAAAAUCUCUCCAGACCUUGCUUUCUACUCGAGCAGCACGUUUACAAUGUGAUACUCAUGAACCCAAUCAAUUCAAUUUUGCUAAAAUCCUCAAUCGCUUUCUACUUCGUUAUUUGAAUGAUACAAAUCCUGCAAAUGAUUUAUUAAUCAAACCAACCACUUACCUACUUCGGUCGAUGAUUCUUUCGAAUGCAGAUAUUUUACUCGAUCGAGACUAUACAGAAAUCGAAGAAAGUUCCACAGUUUGGUAUUUUCUCUUCUAUUCUAUAUAUCACCUUCAAUAUUGGUAUUAUACACCACCGGAUAUUACCGUUAACAUGGAAUGUUAUCAAGCCGUACUACAACUACUAGUCUUUUCCAUUCAAUGUCACAAACAAAAUAGUGCUCAGAAUGAAAAAUGGCCUCGAGAAAGUCUUUUCGCUGUAUUGAAAAUGGUUGGUGAAACGGAAAUAAAUCAGCAGAAUAAUUUAGUUAUCCAAACUGUACAAGGAGAAGUAUUGAACAUCAUCGUCGAAGAAAAUAUUGUAACACUAGCGCUACCAUGGCAAGAGGAAGACGAUCGUGUAUUUCAAUCAAUCUUUGCAAAAUUGAUCGAACGGAAUCGAUUAGAUGUGCUACUUUUGAUAUAUCAUCAACUUCCCACUGUCCGGUCAUAUUUCGAACAACCGAAGAAUUUGUCGAAAACCUUGAACAUUCUUACAGGACGUUCGCCAGGUCGACAACUAUUGAAAUUAUUUUUCGACGAAAAACCGUUGGAACCGUGGUUAAUUAGCAAAGAUUUGUUCUUUUUACUUCUAUUCAAGAAAGAACGACAAUUUAUCGAAAGGAUAUUGAAACUGAAACCCGAACUCGUUCAUGCAAUGGAUGAAUACGGAAAUAAUCCAUUGAUAUUGGAUGUGAUGUACAACAACGAAAUCACGAAGGUGAAAACUUCUUCGAUGCAAUACAAGCCAGAAAUAAUGAAAAACUACUAA